CAAGCAUUUGAAGCGAGGGAGAGAAAAAAAGAGGGGGAUGGAGAAGAGCGAAAGCACAUCAGGCGACACGCCUCAGCCAUGGCAGUCGUACCACACUGUCUUCACCAACGCUAAAGCAGGUAUGGAUGGGGUGGACAAAGAGAGAGUGCAAAGAAUAGUGUAUGAGAUGAGCAAAGGAUCUAAGUAUUUCGAGAAUGAGGAACGCAAGGAGGCCUUUACGAGGCGGAAACUCGAGAGCAUGCGUGCUCAAUGCGCGAUGCUCACGGCAGCCGAUAUAUCUAACAAUCGGACGGUGGCUGAUAGGAGAAUUUUAGAGCUAGAAGCUACACGUGACUUGACGAGGAUUUGGCUGCACGUAGAUAUGGAUGCUUUUUAUGCUGCUGUUGAGACAUUAAGUAACCCAAUGUUAAAGGGCAAGCCAAUGGCCGUUGGUGGCAUGUCUAUGAUCUCCACCGCCAAUUAUGAGGCACGGAGAUUUGGGGUUCGUGCUGCAAUGCCUGGUUUCAUUGCACGUAAAUUAUGUCCGGAGUUAAUUUUUGUUCCCGUAGAUUUUAAGAAGUAUACUUAUUACAGUGAUUUGACUAGGAAAGUUUUUCAGAAGUAUGAUCCCAACUUCAUGGCUGCUAGUUUGGAUGAAGCAUACCUUGACAUAACUAAUGUCUGCAAACAAAGGGGCAUUACCAGUGGAGAAAUUGCUGAAGAACUCAGAACCUCUGUUUAUGAAGAGACUGGUCUUAUGUGUAGUGCUGGAGUGGGACCAAACCGCUUACUUGCUAAGGUUUGUUCAGAUAUAAAUAAGCCAAAUGGACAAUUCAUCUUACCAAAUGACCGGUUGGCUGUCAUGACAUUUAUAUCCUCACUUCCCAUACGAAAGAUUGGGGGCAUUGGUAAGGUCACUGAACAUAUUUUAAGGGAUGUUUUUGGAAUCAAUACAUGUGAGGAUAUGCUGCAAAAGGGUGAUUUCCUCUGUGCAUUAUUUUCUCGUUCUACAGCAGAUUUUUUCCUCUCUGUGGCAUUGGGGCUUGGGAAAACUGAAACCCCUCAAGUCAUGUUACGGAAGAGUAUCAGUAAUGAGAGAACAUUUUCCGCGACAGAUGAUGAGGCAUUUCUGCAUCAGAAAUUAUCUGAUCUUGCGGAGAUGCUUUCUUCUGACAUGCAGAAAGAAGGUCUUUUGGGGCGAACAUUGACUCUUAAACUAAAAACAGCAUCUUUUGAGGUUAGAACCAGAGCUGUAACUUUGCAAAAGUAUAUUUGCUCAAGUGAGGAUAUUUUGAAAUAUGCUUCAAAGCUGCUAAAGGAUGAACUUCCUGUGUCUUUGAGACUGAUAGGCCUGCGGUUGUCUCAAUUUAAUACAGACAUGGUUGGUGCUCCAUCUGAAACUAGACAAAAAACUCUCACCGAUUUUCUUAUAUCGGGAGUUGCAAAUAGGAAAAGUACCAGUGAUAAUAGUUCCCUGGGCUCAAUUGUUGAUAGCCAUGAGAUAUGUAGUUAUGAAGAUAGAGAUUUAUUGGACGGCAGCCACUUACCAGAUUUGGAAGACAAGCACACUAUUAGCAACAAGGUGAAUUCACCACACCCAAAAUCUCGUCAAAAUGCAGUGACUGGGUUGUUGGAAGCAGAUUCAUCUUCUGUGGAGUUUAGAUGUAACAGCCUAGAUGAAGUGAACAAGAGGGCCAACUUGCUGGAUGACGAGGCAGUUUCUUCAUCCAAUCAGGGAGAGCUACUUUUGUGGGUAAAUGAUUACAAGUGUUCACUAUGCGGGUUUGAAUUACCUCUAGGAUUUGUUGAGGAGAGGCAAGAACACUCUGAUUUUCAUCUUGCUGAGAGACUUCAGAAGGAGGAAUCUCGCAGUGAGACUAGAACUCUAAUGCCGAGGCACAGGUUUUCCCGGAAGGAAAACAUUGGGAGCCAAAGCAAAGGUAAAAAGCAGAAGAUAUCUCCAAAAGAUAAGGGACACAUUCCAAUAGAUAUGUUCUUUGUUAAGAGCUGUCAGAAUUUUUAGCGUUAAUCUAUUUGUUCUACCCUUGUAUAUAGUUGUGUAUGCUAUAGUAAAAAAUGGAGUGCAUGAGAGAGAUGCAAUAGAUAGAUAUUCCUUUUACGAAUUGAACACUGUAAAAGUCUACCAAUAAAUUAAAAAUUGAAGAUUGUAAAAAAUGCCUUAGAAAUCAAUUUUCACAGGUAAAA